CUCCAACCAGAGACUGAACCCACCUGUUGUCAAUGUCCGUCACCUUUACCGUUUCGGGUUCUAACAGCAUUAUUUUGAAUGAUACGGAAACCGGAAGUCAUUCGACUACGUUGGCGAAAGUGCUGUCAUCGUGUAGGCCGGCAGAGGAAAUGUUCACUGAACAGCCUGGCUGGAGUUCACCAUGUGAGGAGGUUGCGCGCAUACCGGUGUCUGGUUAGUGUUUCAUGUACAGUCAGCUCCCUCGGCAGAGACAGCAAACGCCCUCAGGCACCAGUUAGUCCGAAGACAACAUCGAGAAUGGACGACUGUUCUCGACAAACGCCGAUGUUUACAUUCGGCGUGAUAGCUGACAUUCAGUACGCUGACAUCGACGACGGGUACAACUACGUCCGGACCCGGAAGCGGUACUACCGGAACGGCCUCCAGCUGCUGAGAAAUGCCCAGGAAAGUUGGUCGGAGUCGGCUGUCAAACCAGAGUUUAUCCUCCAGUUGGGAGACAUUAUUGACGGCUUCAACAAGCGCCACGACGCCUCCGACCGAGCGCUGGACACCGUGCUGAGGGAGUUCAGCUGCAGCUCCGUGGAGGUGCACCAUGUGUGGGGGAACCAUGAGCUUUUAAACUUCAGCAGGAGCUCGCUGCUGCGGUCAAAGCUCAACAGCACACCGCACUGUGACAGCACUGUGAGUGGAGCCCAGGCCGGCGGAGAUAUCUACUCCUACCGCUUCAGCCCGUUCCCGGGGUUCACAUUUGUUAUCCUGGAUGCCUACGAUGUGAGCCUGCUGGGCAGAGAGGAGUCCAGUGACGAGUACUGCCAUGCUAUGGAUCUGAUAAAACAAUUCAACAACAACGAGGAUCUCAACUGUCCCCCAGCGUGUGACGGCCUGCAGCAGAGGUUUACAAUGUUCAACGGUGGGUUCAGUAAGGACCAGCUGAAGUGGCUAGAGUCGGUUCUGUCCUCAGCCGAUGAGAAACGGGAAAAAGUCACAAUUGUCAGUCACCUCCCUGUACACCCCCACUCCACAGACCCUAUGUGCCUCGCCUGGAACUUCGAUGAGCUCCUGGCCAUCAUACGGUCCCACAGCAGUGUGGUGUGUUUCAUGGCUGGACACGACCACGACGGCGGAUACUGCCGGGACAAAGACACGGGAGUGCACCACCUCACAUUAGAGGGCGUGAUUGAGACUCCGCCUGAAGGCAAUGCCUUUGGCACAGUCUCCGUGUACGAGGACAGGAUGGUGCUGAAAGGGUGCGGGAGGAUCAGAGAUCGAGUGUUGCGGUUUCCAGGGCGCCAAAGUGACGCAGAUCAUAGGCCAAUAGAACAUGCUGUAAUGAGUAUUCAUAGGUUUAGAGGAUGUAACAUUCUCUGAAGAGUCACUUAACAAGAAAAUAAUCUCCAUGCAUCAAUCUCCCAUCCUAUAACAUAGGGCUUUCCAUGUUUUUCUCAGCUAUGGUAGUUAUGGUAAUAAAUUCACAUCAGUCGUGAAAGGGGUAUAACUACCCAUUCUUUUAGUUAUAUUUGAAGGCCAUGGUGGGAACUUUCCAAAGUGAAGGUCAGUUGUUACAAAAACACAGACCCACACACUUUCUGCUCUAUGUUUUUAAAUGCAGUGUGGCAUGUCCACUUACCUCAGCAGAACAGUACCUCAAAUAUUUUAUUUAAUGUAUGAGUUUUUAUUUAUAUCAAAGUGUGAAUAGUUAUGUACACUGGAUGUGUUUUAAUCUGAAGGUUUAA